CCAGGCCGCAUUCGACGGUGAGGGACACUACAUGGCGACGAACAAGCCUGUUGGCGUAGAGCGCUCGUUUGUCCGUCACGACUUCAAGGUCGCGCCGCUCGACCUUCGCUGGCACUCUCUGAGCGUCACGAUCAACCGGCCACGCGCUUCGCCAGUGCUGGCUCUUCAGCCGUGUUCUGGAGCUAUGGAAGCGGGCAGCCUACUCGCGGCAAUGGGACCGUCUGGAGGCGGCAAAACCACGCUACUCAACGCCCUCGCGCACCGCGGCCCAAGCAGCGGCGGCGAGGUUCUCUACGGCGGCAGUGUGUGGUCGGCGCGCCUCAAAAGGCGCGUCGGGGUCGUGGAGCAGGACGAUCAGGUCUUGCAGCAGCUGACCGUUGGCGAAAGCCUUCGGUUUGCCGCGGCGCUGCGGCUCUCGCACCUGACGCCGGCGGCGCGGGAGGCGCGCGUUGCCUCUCUCCUUGCCAUCCUGCGGCUCGCGAGCUGCGAAGGCACUCAGGUCGGCGACUCGUCGAGCGCCGCAAGCCGCGGGAUCUCGGGAGGAGAGAGGAAGCGCCUCUGCAUAGCGUGCGAGCUCCUGACGAUGCCGUCGCUGCUCUUCCUCGACGAGCCCUCCUCCGGUCUCGACUCGUCAAUGGCGUACGUGGUCGUGGACGUGCUGCGCGAGCUCGCGCACACGCACGGCGUCACGGUCGUCGCCUCGAUUCACCAGCCGAGCUCGCAGGUCUUCGCGCUCUUCGACUCGCUCCUCCUCCUCAAAGCUGGACUCACGCUCUACCACGGACCACGCGCCGCCGCGGCGGACCGCUUCGGGGCGUUGCUCGGCAAGGCGCGCCCUCCGGACUUCUCGGCCGCCGACUGGCUGAUGGAGGUCCUGGUGCUCGAGCGCUGCUCCACCGCGCAGGAGCUCCUCCUCCGUGCCGAGGCCGAGGCGGCGGCAGAGUCGGCGUUUGAGAGCGCGGCGCCAGUCCGCGCCAGCGCAGAGGCCUCGAGCGCAGACGCUGCCUCUCCGCCCCCGACUUGGGCCUACCAGGUGAGAGUGCUCGGGGCGCGCGCCUGGCGGCUCGCUCGCGGCUCAAUCUGGGUGCACGAGAUAGCAGCCCUGCAGCUGUGCAUCGGCCUGCUGGCGGGCUUCCUCUUCUUCCGACUCGGCUACGACGCGGCCGACGCGCGGUCGCGCUUCUCCGCCUCCUUCCUGUCCAGCAUCAACUGGAUGUUUUUCCCUCUCAUGGCCGCGCUGCCGCUCGUCCCGCGCGACGAACGGAUGGCGCGCAGGCAGCUGCAGCAGGCGCGCCCCCAAUCCGAGCUGCAGCAGGGCGCCGCUUGCGUCAGCGCGUGGUACGUGCCAACCACGAGCAUCGCGCUGCUGCCCGAGCUGCUCCUCCUCGUCGUCAACGCCGUCCCUUUCUACUGGCUCGCCGGCAUCGCGGACGACGCGGCCGCUUUCGCGCUGACACUGCUCAGCCAGGUGCUCAUUGUGGUAACGUUCCACAGCGUCGGCUUGCUGCUCGCCGUCGGAGCGACUUUCACGCGCGCCAACUCGGGCACGCUCUCGAUGCUCUUCAUGUCGUUCUGCUUCCUCUUCACGGGCAUCUUUGUGCCUCCUUCCCAGAUGCCGCUGCCCGAGCUGCGCUUCGCGAACCCGCUCUACUAUGCGACUUCCCUCAUCGCCCAGCUCGUCUUCCUCCAGGGGACCGAGUACGCGUCGCCCGUGCCGGGCGGACCUCCUGUGCCGCGCGACGAGGUGCUGGCCACGCUCGGCAUCGGCACCCCGGCCUCGGGCUGUGGCGCCUGCGGCGUGACCUGCAGCAGAGCGCCGCGGCGGCCGGACCCGCUCGCCGUCGCUGGUGUCUUCCGGGCGGUGGGCCGCGGCUCCUCUUCCGCCGCCGCCGGCCCAAGAGAGUGGGUGGUGGCGCUCCGAUAA